AUGCUUAUGAAAGGUCUAAACAUUUGCAGAUUCUUAAAGCCUGUUGGAAUACGAUACGUAGUGACUCUGACCAAAAAAUAUCCUCGCAAAGUACCUUCUAUUUUGUUGGCAGAAGGUAUUUUACCUAAAUUGACUGCAGAUGACCUGGUAUACCAAGAGGUCAAUAUAGAAUCUAAUGAAUCUCCGUGUAUAAAUGUUUUAUUAACAGAUAACGUGCCUGGACUUGGAUCUGUUGGAACAGUAACUCCUGUACAUCGUAAUAAGUUCUGGAAAUAUUUGUAUAUUAAGGGACUUGCUGAGCUACCGACAGAAGAAAGAAUCAACGAAAUGAAGUCGAAACAAACGGGAAAACCAACUGUUCUAUGUGGUGAAUCUUAUGUUCUUCAACAACGCUUGUCUAAUAUGACCCUUUAUAUACCUAUGAAUCCAUCUCGAGAAUGGACUCUCAAUAAAACUCAUGUUAAAGUUGCUUUAAGACGAUAUAUUGAUGAUAUUAUCAAUGUUGUUGUCCCAUGUUCAAUAUUUCUUUAUCAAAAGUUAGAUAAAGGAAUGUGUACUCAACCACCAACAAAUGUUUUUAGAAAAAUUAAAAUUGAAGAUUGGACUGCAGAUUUUUCUAAAACUGAUAUUUUAAAGAAAAUUAGUAAUAGUCGUCGAUUCUUUUCGUAUUUCAAACGUCGAGCAUAUGAACCAAAUAAAAUUAAACAAAUUGAUGACUCUAGUAUAGGGUUUAUGUUAUCUGAUUUAAAUCAUAAUGGUAGAGUUGCAUUAGCUCACUUUGAUCAUUACUAUAGUGAAGCUUAUGGACCAGUUGCUUGGCGUUCAAUGCGUAUAGCUUUAUUAAUGCCAUCUAAAAAAGCUAUUCUCUAUAAUCGUUAUUUUCCCAAUGUUAGUGAAACAAUUUCAUCAUCAUAUAAUAAUGAUGAUAAUCAGUCAUUUUUACCAAACAUAAACUUUAUGCAAACAUUAAUUAAACAUCAAAACUCUUUGAUAAAUAAUGUAUACAAUGCUGAUAAGAAUCCGAAUAUUAUUGAUGAGGUUAUCAACGUAACACAAUCUAAUUCACGUCGUAGACAAUUUCUAACACGUUACAGCCCAUCAGAUGAAACUAUGGAUACAACUAAUCUCAAUGAAUUUAUACCAUCAACUGAAUUAAUUAGUGAAAAUGAAAUGUAUACAAGAGAAUGUGAUACAGACUUUACAUUUUAUUCUAAAGAUUAUUAUGGUAUGAUUAAAGCAGAUGAAGAUAAUUCAUCUGAUUUACAGUCAUUGAAAGUGUUAACUGAAGAAUUUCAUAUACCCGAGAAGUUAUGUAUUAAAUGUUCACCUCCUGGUAGAUUGGUUACAAUACCACAUCCAACUUAUUUAAAUGGACAAUUUAAUUUUCAUACAAUAGACUUAAGCUCUGUUAUACCUAUUUUAGUAUUGAAUUUACAAAAAAAUGAUAAUAUGGUUAAUAUGUCUACAUUUUCUGGAACUAAAUCAGUUAUUGCACUACAAACUGGUUUAUUAAAUCGUUUAUUAUGUGUGAUACGUACUCCGUCUCGUACUACUCAUGUUCAACAAAUGAUCAACACUUUUAAAUCUUCUGGAAUUAAUUCUAAAGAGAAUGAUGAACAAAACAAUAAUACUAAAAUAGACUUUGUUUACUCAAAUGAUGAAUUGGCUGGUUAUUUUUCUGAUAAUAUUGAUAAAGAUUAUAAAUUUAAUAAGAUUUUAGUCAAUGUUCCUUGUUCAGCUGAUCGUUACGCAAUCACAUCUGGUGCUACACAUGUUUUUGAAAUGGGACAAGCUCAUUUACGUGCUCAUUUACCGAAAAUUCAGUUAAAUCUUCUCCGUCAAGCAAUGGAAUUAUGUCAACCUAACGGUUAUGUUGUCUAUUCAACAUCAACAUUAUCACCAGGUCAAAAUCAAGAAAUUAUUCAAUCAUUUAUACUGAAUCAUUCAAAGAAUCUUAAUUUCACAUUGAUCAAUUUAAAACCAAUGUAUGAUUUAUUAACUGUUUGUUAUUCUAAAUUAGGUAUAAAAAUUAUUCCGAUUCAUUUACCUUUAUUUGAUAAUAACAAUAAUAUGAGUGAAAAUAAUCAUAAUACAAAUCUAUCUUCAAAUAACACUUGUCAUGGUUUAUUAAUUAUUCCAUCGAUAUCGUGUAACUAUGGUCCAACUUUUAUUGUUAAAUUUAAACGUCUUUCUUAA